AUGGAUAUGAACCAUUUAAUAGGUCAGCGUUUCAACCUGAUCUCCAAGAGUGACAUUCGUUAUGUUGGAACGUUGCAUGAGAUCAAUCCUGAAGCGUCCACCAUAGCCCUGGAGAAUGUUGUCUCAUUCGGGACAGAGGGCCGGCGAGGCAAUCCCAAUGAAGAGAUUGCCCCGUCAGCCAGCGUCUACGAAUACAUUGUCUUUCGUGGCAGUGACGUAAAAGACAUUAGCGUAGCGGAGGACACCAAGGAAAACACACAGCCUGAACCUCCUCAGGUGCCAGAUGAUCCUGCUAUCCUAGGGAGCAUGUCUCGUCCAGGACCUACUCAGGGUUUAUCUACGCCACAACAGCCUCAGGUGCCUCGUCCGGCGCCUCCGGGUUACCCCCAGCAGCCGCAGUUUCAAGGCUUCUACCCACCAUAUGGACAACGCUUUGGAGCCCCCGGUUUCCCUCCCGGACCUGGUUUUCCGAAUAUGCCGUAUGGAGCUCCGCCACCCGGAUGGUAUCCUCCCCCGGGUCAAGGAUUCCCCCAAGGACCAGGCCAGUUCCCCCCUCAUCAGAUGCCUAUUGGACCCCCUGGUCAGCACCAGACCCCUCCUCCGCAACGACAGGGGGCUCCUGGCGCAGGCCCCGUAAAUGUCCCUAAACCCACCUCGGAGCUUCCCGUUGGUGAUCGGCCAUCCAGUAAGCCCGCCAGCCGGAAUGCCACACCCGCACCUGCAGCAUCUGCUCAAAGUGCUCCUCCGCCCCCUGUUGAAUCGAAACCUUCUGUAACGGAAGCCGUACAAGCCUCCAGUAUUCCUGCUGCGGCGGCGCCUCCGGGCCUGACCAAGAUCCCACCUACUGGACCCCGGAGCGGACGUGUGCAGCCGGCGAUCCCGAUCACGGCUCCCUCCAAGCCACCUGUCCCUGCUGUAGGCAAUCCUCCCAUGGCCAGUGCUGGAAACACCGUGCCGCAAGGUACUGCUCAAGCUGCUAUCACUGAAGCUACGCGCGCUGCCACUGCGGCUGUUGCGGCGGCCAUGGCCAAGUUGCCUCAGCCUAAUGCGCCGAAGAAGCCAGGGCACGGCGAUGCGUCGGUUGAAGGAGUAACCAGACAGCUGGCGGAAAUGAAGCCCUACGAGGGCAACCGCGCGCCUCGUGGUGGCCAUCAGCAUCCUCGCGGUGGACGUGGCGGUCACCGCGCUCCCUACCCUGGACAGUCCAAGAAGGUCGAGGUCCCUGAAACGGACUAUGACUUCGAGACUGCCAACGCCAAAUUCAACAAGCAAGACUUGGUCAAGGAGGCAAUUGCCACCGGCUCGCCUGUGCAUGAGGGUGAGGCCGCGUCUAUCACCAACGGUGACAUUGAAGCAUCCGAUGCCGGCGCCGAUUCGUCCGUGACUGCGUACAACCGGGCAACAUCCUUCUUCGAUAACAUCUCCAGUGAGGCUCGUGAUCGUGAGGAGGGAACGGGAGCCCGUGUGGGUGGCCGGGAAUGGCGCGGCGAAGAGGAGAAGAGGAACAUUGAAACUUUCGGCCAAGGCAGUGUUGACGGAUACCGGGGCAGCUAUCGUGGUCGUGGCCGGGGAAGAGGCUAUGGCCGUGGCCGCGGUGGCUACAACCGUGGGUACAACAACUCUCGAGGCCGCGGCGGCCUUCGCGGAGGUCGCAAUCCCUCACAGGCGACUGGCGUCCCUGCACAGACAUAG